AGACUGAGUACAUGGCCUUACACCAUGGGGCCAAGGAAGUGGUGUGGCUGAGGCGCUUGCUGGAGGAGUUGGGAGUUGGUCAGGAGGAGCCGACAGUUGUGUUAUGUGACAAUGAGUCUGCUGUGAAGCUCGCCAAGAAUGCUUGUCUGCAUGGGCUGACAAAACACGUAAGGCCUAAGUGGCACUGGGUGAGGAGACUCCUUGAUAAGGAGGUGCGGCUGGAGAUAGUGAAGACCCAUCAGCAAGCAGCAGAUAUUUUCACUAAGCGUCUGGCGGAGGCGGAUCAUUGGAAGGGCACGAAGCUUGCUAGGAUGAGUGUGCAUUGAGUAUGCAUGCUUGAGAUGUUGAUCUAACUGCUGCCCCUCUCGUUUUGACUAGGUCAUUCAUGGCUGCCUAGCCAAAUUACCAGGAUAUCUCCUCACACUGAUUUCGUCAUAAUCGGCGGCUCAGAUCUUGGUUAUGAACGUGCUUUACCAUUCUGGAAAGUAGAGAUUAAGACCUUUCCAACGCGUAUAAGCUCAUUUCUAGAAGUUACCUGAGCUGUACGCAAUGUUCCGUUAAGAUCGUCAGACUUAAUCUCUAAUUAAUUCUCUCCAGAUUUGCACGAUUUCCAUCAGUGGUAUCAGAGCCACGGUUAGAGGACGUUCUUUCCUCCAUUGGAAGAGAUCUAGAGAGGCUUGAAGUGCUCCAGAUCUAGGGUUUGACAUGGCCCAAAAGUUGGAUGGCCCUCCUAGGUUUACCGGCUCGGACUUUUCGCUAUGGAGGUUCCAGUUCACACUAUGGCUAGGUAUUAAGGACCUAGAAAGUGUGUUGGAUGGAUCGGAGAAGCGACCACGAGCUGACUCUGGGGAGGCGUAUACUGGAGCAACCAGCCAAGUGGGAUCCGGGGCUGGGGGAGCAUCGUUGAGUGGGGGGAAUGAAGGAGGAACCGCUGCAACUCGAACCGGAAGGUCGCAACCAAGUAGCGAGGAGUUGCUCAAAGCUCAAGAAGCAUGGGAUCGGAAGGAUCGCCAGGCAUUUCAGUACCUGUGUUGGGCUUUGGAGGGGCAACUUGAGCUUCUUAAGAUGCUGAUUGACCUGAAGGGGAAGGAAGGUGCAGCGGCUGCAGCUUGGAAAAGAGUACAAGAUAGGCACUUGCAGAAAGGGCUACUAAGCGUGCUUACUUGGCGGAAGCGGUUUUACACCAUGGAGCGGAACUAUGGGGAGGGGGAGACCAUGGUUCAGUAUCUCCAGAGGGUGGAUGAGAAUGUGCGGGCUUUGGAGGAGCUGGAUUACACAGUAGAUGAGAAGGAGAUCAUCUAUACUGCGCUCCAAGGGUUGGAUCAAGCGGCUAAUGAGGCAUUACUACAGUACCUUCACCUCGAGCAACAGAAAUGGACCAAGGUGUGGAUUUGGGAGGUUCUAAUUUCUGAUGAGGCUCGCAAGGUUGAUGCUGGAAGAGGUCUAGAAGGAGGCAUGGGUGCAGCAGAUAAAGCUUCCUUCAGGAAAGGCUAUCAACAGCAAGGAGGUGGGGGGAAGAAGAAAGAGUUGGACAAAUGCCUUGUGCCCGGAUGCAACAAAAAACACUCUUGGAAGAGUUGCUGGAGUAGGCCUGAGGGAUGGAAGCCUCACGGCUACUCAGGAGAGGCCCCACCAGUGACCAAACCUGAUUGGGUGGAGAAAAGGAUGAAGAAGGGGCUCUGGAAUAAGAAGGGCAGCAAGGGAGCAACGGCCGCAGCUGCUAAGGAUGAGAAGGGGAAGGGCCAAGACGACUCCUCCGAUGAUGGUUUCUCGUUUCUCAUGCUAGGGUAGGAUGCAGCUCUCGCUGGUCGUGCAUUGGCUGAUCCCAACUUCCUGGUUCUAGACUCUGGAGCAACAUCUCGGAUGCUUCCUCGCCGUGAUCUCUUCACCUCCUACCAUCCUCUCCCACCAAAUUCGAGGAACGUGAUUGUUGGGAGCGGGGAUUUGCUGCAAGCAAUUGGCAUCGGCACGAUCACCAUUAAGGGGAAGGAGGGGGAGCUAGUGGGUGUGAAGGGGGUCCUUCACGUCCCUGGUUUGGCUGCAAACCUCCUUUCAUGCUCGCAGCUGGCUAAACAGGGAUACGUUUGCACUUUCACUGAGGGAGGGUGUACUGUUAGAAAGGGUGAAGCUGUGGUGAUGGAGGCAAAGUUGGACAAGGGUUUAUACCUUGUUCCAGCUUGUGUGCCUAAUUGUUACAAGGCACGUAUGGUUUUUCCUGAGGAAGCCGCUUGUAGCACUCGCUGGAGGCAGGUGGAAACGGUGUCACCUGAGUUGCUACACCUUCGCAUGGGGCACGCGGGGAAGCAGCAACUGCUGGAGUGUGUGAAGAAGGGGGAGCUGAAGGGGGUGGAGGUCAAGGAAGGAGCUGGGCAGCAGAGCAAAUGUCCUGACUGCACAACUGGAAAGCUGCCUACAGUUGUCCAAUUAGAACGCUGAUUCAUAAUCUUCGCCACAUCCUGGCGGGUAAUCUCGCGAACAGAGGUAUCCACCGGGAGGGUUUCUGCUUCGACAGUCGCAGCUGCCUUCUUUGCAUCCAGAUCCUCCUUUCUCUGCUUCAACACUGUUUCAUCCAUAUUAGUAUCCAAGUAGAACAUCGAAAUCGAAUUCUGAUACUCCAGAAUCACACGACUCUUGAAAAAAUCCAAGUUGUCGAAAAGCUUAGGAUGCUUGAUUCUGAGGUCCGUCUUCUUGUUAAGAUUGAUAAAAUGGUCGAGGUUGUUAUGCAAUGACUGAAGAACAGCAGUAGCCUUGCCAUAAGCUUGGUCAACAGCCUUUUUCUUCAUCGUAAUCAGAAUUUCU